AUGUCUUCUUUCGGCAAUCGGUUUAAGUUCAGCCCGACGCGAUACGAAGAGUUGGACGGCGAGACCUCGCUCAUGACCAGCGAAGAGCAGGCGGACGCGGUGAACGACAUGGCGCACGCGUUAGGCGACGACCGCGCGGCGGCUGGUUUGUCGAGGAGCAGUCCCAAUACCCCGAAUAAGAACAACAGCUUACCGGGGUCUUUACGAGACAGGUACACGAACGGCGGGCAAAACACUGAGAAUGAGAACACGUUCAUUCGAGGAGAUAACGUGCCAACGUCGCGAAUUGUUGGGUUUGGAACGUCGCCACCGGUUGGUGCGUUGCAACGAGGCGGCGGGAAGAGCUUUAAAGAACGAGCGUUCUCGAAACUCGAACAGGUGAAACGCAAGACGCAAGAAGCGUUGCAGGCGAGGAAAGAGAGACAAAUACAUUUUCACCACGAGGGGCAAAGCGGCGGUAAUAAUGUGAGCCCCGGGAGCGCGUCGAACAACGAGGCGGCGAGGCAGAUGCAACGCGCGAUACGCAGAGAGUCGGUGAGUGACGUCGUUAUGAGCGCGACGAGCGCGGCGGAACUUUUGUUUGAGUUGAGAGCGUGUUUGGAGGAUUCCGACGGGGGAGGAGACGGAGGAGGAGGAGGAGAGGUGGACGUUUCGGCGCACGACAUGAUCGCGGAGAUGACGCAUUUGUGCGAGGAGAGGAGAGCAAGGUUAGCUGGGUUAGCCGGAGACGAGGGUUUGAGCGAGACGAAUUUGGUAUUGGUGUUGGAAACGAUCGAGAAAGUGAACGGAGCGUUAGAUAGCGGGAUCGGUGGGUCUUCGAACGCCUUUUCUACUUCUACGACGACCAUCGCGGUGAACGGAGAAGACGAAGAUGGCGUGCCUUUACCGCCGGUGAAUCCACUUGGGGUAUCUCCUGGGAACCCAUUCGCGACGCCCGUGGCUUCAGCAUCGUCACCAACGACACCAGCACCGAAGACGAGGACGGUCGCGCCAACGGACGUGCCUCAAACGCCGGAGGAAGAAGAAGCCGCUUUGGCGGCGGCGAUUGCCGCGAGUUUACAAAUAGAAGAGGAGAAUAAGCAAAAACAGGCAUCAUCAAGUUCACCACCAACACAACAUCAUCAACAACAACAACAAGUCUCUAGGAGUAACGAUAUUGGAAACUUGAUAGACUUCUAA